CAAGGUGAUAGCACAAAUCAGCGUAAUCUUGUGGGAGAUCUCCAAGAGCAGUUCAACAAGAUUCAACUGGAAGUCAAAGCUAUUCGUGGCAAAGAUUUGUUUGGAAAGAAUGCCCAGGAGCUAUGUUUGGUUCCCAGUGUACAAAUACCGGCUAAGUUCAAGGUCCCAGACUUUGAGAAGUACAAAGGUAGUUCUUGUCCACAAAGCCAUCUUGUGAUGUAUGCCAGAAAGAUGUCUACUUAUGCAGAUAAUCAUCAGUUGCUUAUCCAUUACUUUCAAGACAGUUUGACUGGUGCCGCACUGAAGUGGUACACAGGUUUGGAUAGCACCAAUAUUCGGACUUUCAAUGACCUAGGUGAGGCCUUUGUCCGACAAUACAAGUAUAACUCGGAUAUGGCUCCGGACAGAGAUCAGCUUCGAUCCAUGGCUCAGAAAGACCAUGAAGCUUUCAAAGAGUAUGCCCAACGAUGGAGAGAAACUGCUGCUCAGAUUAAUCCACCAUUAAAAGAAAAAGAGAUGACAAAGAUCUUCUUGAAUACUCUCAGUCCGUUUUAUUAUGAACGCAUGAUUGCUAGUGCUCCAAGUGAUUUCACCGAAAUGGUAAACAUGGGGAUGCGUCUAGAAGAAGGAGUCCGAACCGGACGUCUGACUAAAGAAAGUGGAUCUUCGAGUGGAACCAAAAAGUUCGGAAGUGGUUUCCCAAAGAAGAAAGAACAAAGUGUUGACAUGGUAUCCCAAGGGAAGCCAAGAGGAAACGUCAAUCGUCAACGACAGAUUGCUGCUAUUGCGCCAGUCGUUAAUACAGCGCCGAAUCCGGGAUUUACCCCGCAAUUUCAGCAACAACAGCCUCGACCACAGGCUCAGCAGCUGAACAAUAAUCAGAAUCGUGUGCAAAGAGCUCCACAGUUUGAUCCGAUUCCGAUGACCUACACAGAAUUGUACCCUGCACUGAUUGAAAGAGGCCUUAUUCAAACUAAAGCACCACCACCAGUACCUGAGAGACUCCCAUGGUGGUACAAAGCUGAGGUCUCAUGCCCUUAUCAUCAAGGAGCACCUGGCCAUGAUCUUGAGCAUUGCAUAGCUUUGAAAUAUGAAGUUCAGAGGUUGGUUAGAUCUAAUCUUCUCUCUUUCAGAAAUUUGAAUCCAAAUGUGCAAGCAAAUCCGCUGCCCAAUCAUGGAGGGCAUGUUGUAAACAUGGUAUAUGGAUGUCCUGGUCCAUACCGGGUCUAUAAUAUCAAUUACUCAAGAGCCGAUUUGGUACAAAUGCACGCCACUCUCUGUCGAGGGCAGAAUUUUCGCCAGCAUCAAGAUGUAAGUCGUGUAACAAGAAGUGGACGUGUGUAUACUCCACUACCUCCAAAGCAGCCUGUUGUUCCUGCAACCAGGCAAAAUCCUGUCAAUACGCCAGUGGGGAAUCCUGAGGAAACUCCUGUCAGUAAUACAAACAUUGAUGUUGGUCAAUCCAGUGGAACCAAUGUCAAUCCAGACUUUGAUGAAAUUUUGAAGCUUAUCAAAAGAAGUGAAUACAAGAUUGUGGAUCAGCUUAUGCAGACUCCUUCAAAAAUCUCAAUACUUUCAUUGCUGUUAAACUCAGAAGCCCACAGGGAAGCCCUGAUGAAGGUCUUAGAUCAAGCUUUUGUAGAUCAUGAUGUGACUGUUGAUCACUUUGAUGGGAUAAUAGCCAACAUAACAGCUUGUAACAAUUUAAGCUUCUGUGAUGAAGAACUCCCCGAGGAGGGCAGAAAUCACAAUCUUGCUUUGCACAUUUCUAUGAACUGUCAGUCAGACUCUUUGUCCAAUGUGUUGGUAGACACCGGAUCUUCCUUGAAUGUGAUGCCAAAGACGACUCUUGCUCGCUUGUCUUACCAAGGAAUGCCUAUGAAGUUCAGUGGUGUAGUUGUCAAAGCAUUUGAUGGAUCGCGAAAAUCUGUUAUCGGCGAAGUCAACCUUCCCAUGACAAUUGGUCCCCAUACAUUUCAAAUCACCUUCCAGGUCAUGGACAUUCAAGCUGCUUAUAGCUGUCUGUUGGGACGACCAUGGAUCCACGAAGCAGGGGCAGUGACUUCUACGCUCCAUCAAAAGUUAAAAUUUGUAACAAAUGGAAAAUUGGUAACAAUAAGUGGGGAACAAGCCUUAAUGGUGAGUCAUUUAUCCAAUUUCUCUUUCAUCGGUGCUGAUGAUGUGGAAGGAACUCAGUUCCAAGGUCUCUCUUUAGAAGACGAAUCUUCCAAAAAGAAAGCAUCAAUCUCUUCUUACAAAGAGGCAGUAAAAGUAGUGAAAGAUGGAACUACCACUGGCUGGGGGCAAGUUGUGAUCCCGACCAAGAAUGAAACUAGAGCAGGUCUCGGAUGUUCACCAACAUUCUCAAACUGCACCAAGAAGGAUGAAACCCUUCGUCCGAUCAAAGAAACGUUCCAUAGUGGAGGGUUCCUUAACCCAAUUCCUCAAGAGGUCAAUGUCCUUAUUGAGGAAUGCAUCGAAGAAGGUCUACCUGAUCCUGAAGAAGAAUGGAAAUGUUAUCUCAAUGACUCGGGAUACAUAUCUCAGGAAGAACCAUAUCCUCCUUCAGAGAAAUCCAAAGGCAAUGAAACUGAGCCUGUUCCUGCAGAAAUCUGGGACACUUUGGGACAACCAAGUGGAAAAUUUGAUUAUAUGGUGAAAUAUACUGCACCUGAAAGUUACAAGAUUGCGAUUGAGGAUAUCCAACCAACUGGAUGGGGAGAUUCCUUUGAAUAUAAUAGUCAACCAGAAGAGGCUUAUCAGCCCUGUCAAUGCACCGGAGAAGACGACCGGAGCGGUGCUCCGGCGUCUGAGUCUCUAAAGCCAAUUUCAUUAGUCUGCCUGCGUGUCACGAGUUCCUUGGCUCUCAUUCCCAGUUGCUUGGCGUUUUUGUCUCAUCUCAAUGAUUCGAAAUAG